AUGGCACUUCCACCUCAAUAUUCUGGACAUCGAUGGGGCCCUGCCAAUGCGGUACAUGUAUUGGAAGCUUAUUUAGAUUAUGUGUGUCCAUUCUCUGCAAGAUUAUACAAAAGACUUAGAUCAGAAGUUUUUCCAUAUAUCAAAGAAAAAUAUCCAGGAAAAGUGCAAUUCAUCUUUCGUCAACAAGUUCAACCAUGGCAUCCAUUUUCAACUGUUGUUCAUGAAGCAGCUAUUGCGGUUGAAAAAAUUGACGCGGAAAAAUAUUUUGAAUUUUCGGAUAGACUUUUUGAUGCUCAAAAAGA